AUACAUGACAUUUCACUUCUUCUUUCACCCAUAGAGCUUUGACAAGUAUUGCUAAAAUGACGCAACGGAUCGUGAUAAAGAUGCAACCCAAGUGUGGAAGAUGUCGAACUAGGGCAAUGAUGGUAGCUGCCCAAGCAUCAGGUGUGUAUUCGGUGGAACUGCAAGGGGAUAACAAGAACCAGAUGGUGGUGACGGGAGAUGGGAUAAAUGCAGCUGCAUUGACAAGCUCGGUGAGGAAGAAGGUUAAGCAUGCGUCACUGGAAACAGUUCAACAGAUAUAGCUACGAUCUUAACUUCGUUAUUACAUAAUUAAUUGAAAGGACUAAAUAUUGUGUUGAUCUGAAUAUAACAUUUAUUUUAGUAUGUCAUGUAUUUAUGUAUUAAAAGUAAUUUCGUAUGGUAAAAUAUAU